AUGGGCAAUGCCCGUAAUGUUCUGCGCAAGACUGCCAUUUGUAGCAUUUAUAAAUGGAGCCAUUCACAGAGCAGGAAAUCGGAAAUGUACACAGCCAUCUCUAGCGCUAUACUAGCGCUAUACUUCACAGAAUCCUAUGGGUCACACACAGAUACGUAGAAAGAAAACGUUGCCCAUUUUAUUCUGAUUAUUAACUCACUGAGCAAAAGAUAUUGUGAAGGAAGGAGGGACAUCCUGGACUAUACGUAAAAAAUGUAUCAGGGCUAUUCUACCAUUAAAAAAAAAUAUAUUGUACUAAUAGGGGGUCAACCAUUUACAGUUCCUUCGCAGAAAUGCAGAGGGCAAAUUGAAGCUUUGACAGAGAGAUGUGUUUCUCUGCAUGGUGAAGAAAAGCAACAGAGAGAAACCUAGGGCUUUACAGUCAAAGGGGAAUAUAACCUGGGCUUUACAGUCAAAGGGGAACAUAACCUGGGCUUUACAGUCCAAGGGGAAGAUAACCUGGACUUUACAGUCAAAGGGGAAGAUAACCCAGGCUUUACAGUCAAAGGGGAAGAUAACCCGGGCGUUACAGUCAAAGGGGAAGAUAACCCAGGCUUUACAGUCAAAGGGAAAGAUAACCCAGGCUUUACAGUCAAAGGGGAAGAUAACCCGGGCUUUACAGUCAAAGGGGAAGAUAACCCGGGCGUUACAGUCAAAGGGGAAGAUAACACAGGCUUUACAGUCAAAGGGAAAGAUAACCCAGGCUUUACAGUCAAAGGGGAAGAUAACCCGGGCUCUACAGUCAAAGGGGAAGAAAACCCGGGCUUUACAAUCAAAGGGGAAGAUAGCCCGGGCUUUACAGUCAAAGGGGAAGAUAACCCAGGCUUUACAGUCAAAGGGGAAGAUAACCCAGGCUUUACAGUCAAAGCGGAAGAUAACCCAGGCUUUACAGUCAAAGGGGAAGAUAACCUGGGCUGUACAGUCAAAGCGGAAGAUAACCUGGGCUUUACAGUCAAAGGGGUAGAUAACCCAGGCUUUACAGUCAAAGCGGAAGAUAACCUGGGCUUUACAGUCAAAGGGGAAGAUAACCCGGGAUUUACAGUCAAAGCGGAAGAUAACCUGGGCUUUACAGUCAAAGGGAAAGAUAACCCAGGCUUUACAGUCAAAGGGGAAGAUAAGCCAGGCUUUACAGUCAAAGGGGAAGAUAACCCAGGCUUUACAGUCAAAGGGGAAGAUAACCCGGGCUUUACAGUCAAAGGGGAAGAUAACCCGGGCUUUAUGCUUUAUAUUUUGCAUUGCUUUUCCUGCAAUUUAUACACAGUUACCGGGCCAACAAGCAUUAUUAAAGGCAAAGCCUCCAAUGUGACAAAAAGCAGACAUCAAAUUAUCAAAUGA